AUGUUGAAGAUUGGAGUCGGUCAAGUGGCGCUUGCCGUGGCCGUUGCGCUUCUGGCGGCUUGUCUUGUUCCCCAUCAUGGACACAUCUUAUCCAACAGAGCUGGGUAUGUCUCUUCUCGGACCGGAUGUCCUGGUGUUCACGGACGCAUGGCCCUUUGUCAUACGAACUACUGCAUCUAUCCGCUGUCUGGUUAUCUUCCCCUCCCGUUUCCAACAGCUAGUUCCUUUGACCAUCUUGUCAGAUCAUUUCAAAGCUUAUUCAAAGCAAAGACACACACCAUGUCGCCUGAGGAGCAACCCAAGCCGCAGCCGCGGUUCCGCAAGGUCCAGAGCUUCAAGACGGACUACGCCCCGUGCCAAAUCAGCCAGUAUGUCUCAGAGAGGAGCGGCAUGCAGGUGAUUGUGGCCGAUCGCAAGGGCCCCAAGACCAACGGCUACUUCACUCUCGCAACCGAGAUCUUUGACGACUCGGGCGCCCCUCACACUCUCGAGCAUCUGAUAUUUAUGGGCUCAAAGAACUACCGCUACAAGGGACUCCUCGACAAGCUGGCCUCCCGAGCCUACUCUGGGACGAACGCCUGGACUGCGACGGAUCACACCGCGUACACGCUCGAGAGCGCUGGCUGGGAAGGCUUCUCACAGAUCCUGCCAGUGUAUCUCGAGCAUGUCAUCGUGCCCGUCAUCACGGACGAGGCGUGCAUCACCGAGGUGCACCACAUUGACGGCGAGGGUAACGAUGCGGGUGUUGUCUACUCAGAGAUGCAGGCCGUGCAAUUCAAGAGCGCCGAAAUCAUGGAUCUACGCGCGCGCCGACUGCUGUACCCGGAGAACGUGGGCUUCCGCUACGAGACCGGAGGCAUGACGGAGGCCCUCCGGGUUUUGACCCCUGACCGCAUCCGCCAGUUCCACCGUGACAUGUACCAGCCCCGUAACCUCGCCGUGGUCAUCAUUGGCGAAGCGGACCACAACGAGCUGCUGCAGAUCCUGGACGAGUUCGAGGAGAGCAUCAAGGACGAUCUUCCGCCGCUGGAUUCCCCUUUCAAGAGACCUUGGAUCGACUCAGCACAGCCUCCAGCGCUUAAGGAGACCAUCAUCACCACAGCCGAGUUCCCUGAAGAGGACGAAUCCGUCGGCGAGAUCACUGUGGCUUUCUACGGCCCCAACUGCACCAACACCAUCGAGACGUCUGCGCUCAACGUCCUGCUGACCUAUCUUUGCGGCUCCUCUGUGUCGAUUCUCGAGAACGUCAUUGUCGAAAAGGAGGAGCUUGCCAGCUCCGUGUCCUACUGGUGGGAUGCCAGGCCCAACUCUGUGAUCUGGUUCCAGCCGACUGGCGUCGAAACGGAUAAGCUGGAAUUUGUCGAGAAGAGACUCGUCGACCUACUCAAGGAAGUGGCAUCGAAGCCUUUGGACAUGGCAUACCUGACCUCAUGCAUCCACCGCGAACGCCUUCAGGUCAAGUUUCAGGCCGAGGAGUCUGAGGGUUUCUACUCCAACAACAUUAUCACGGACUACCUUUUCGGCAAGCGUGACGGUUCGACGCUGAAGGACUUGCAGUCCCUGUCCGAGUACGAGGAGCUCGAGAAGUGGACCGACGCACAAUGGAGGGACUUUUUGCGCAAGUGGCUGUCCGAUGCUCCCCACGUCUCCAUCCUCGGCAAGCCGUCCCACGAGCUCGCAAAGAAGCAAAAGGCCGACGAGGAGGCGAGGCUCGCAAAGAGAAAGGAGGAGCUCGGCGCCGAGGGUCUGGCUGACCUCAAGAAGCGCCUCGAGGCUGCCAAGGCCAAGAACGAUGAGCCCAUCCCGGCCUCCGUGAUCGAUCAGUGGGCUGUCCCCGGCACCGAAUCGAUUCACUUCAUCGAGUCUGACACGGCGAGGUCUGGAAAGGCCAAGAGCCUCGGCCUCGUUGACAACGCGGCGCAAAAGGUCAUUGACGGCGCCAAGCAAGGAAAAGACCCCCUCUUCAUCCAGUUCGAGAGCGUGCCGACCAACUUUGUGCACCUGACGGUCUAUCUCGGGACAUCACAGGUACCGAUCGAGCUGAAGCCGUUGCUGCCCAUCUUCAACGACAACUUCUUCAACACUCCCAUCAUGCGCGAUGGAGAAAAGGUUGGCUUCGAACAGGUCGUCAUGGAGCUGGAGCAGGACACCAUUAGCUAUGGUCUGCGCUCGACACGAGACUACGGCGACCCCGACGGCGUCAUGAUCCAGUUCCAAAUCGAGCCCGCAAAGUACUCCACCGUCAUCAACUGGAUCCGCACCAUGAUGUUCGACAGCGUCUUCGACAUCCAGCGCCUCAAGGCGGGCGUCCAGAAGCACCUGGCCGACAUCCCCGAGCUGAAGCGUGACGGCAGAUCCAUGGCGUCCGAAAUCGACAUGUCCAUCCACAUGAAGAAGGAGUCCUACUCGGUCGCCAAGCGCGCACUCGUCAGAGCAAUCUACCUGCGCCGCCUCAAGAAGCUCAUCGCCUCCGACCCGGAAAAGGUCCUCUCCUGGUUCGAGCAGCUGCGCAAGUCCCUCUUCACCUCGAACAACGUGCGCAUCCUCGUCACCGCCGACGUCGCCCGCCUGCCCGAGCCCGUGGCCGCCUGGGACAUCCUCAGCACCCAACUCGGGGGCUCCGACGAGCUGCUCCCCAUCGUCAAGCCGCACACCCUGCUCACAAAGGAGGGCCAGAACCCGGGUACCGUCGGCGCCACCAUCGUGCCCAUGACCACGGCCGAGAGCUCCUACGGCGUCAGCACGGCCAAGGGCAUCACCUCCUUCGACGACCCCCGCCUCCCGGCCAUCAUGGUGGCUAUCGGCUACCUCGAGACCACCGAGGGCCCCCUCUGGAACUCGGUCCGCGGGCAAGGGUUGGCGUACGGCUCGUAUUUCGGCCGCGAGCUCGACACGGGCGUGAUCCAGUACAAGGUGUACCGCUCGCCGGACGCCAGCAAGGCCUUUUCCGUGUCGCGCGAGACGAUCCGCAAGAUCGCCGAGGGCGAGGUCGAGAUCGACCGCCACCUCAAGGAGGGCGCCAUCAGCCAGGUCGUCGUGCAGUUCGCCGACGAGCAGUCGACCAUGGCGUCGUCGGCGGCGCAGAACUUCAUGCUCGGCGUCGUGCGCAGCCUGCCGCUCGACUGGCACAAGAAGGUCAUGAGGGACGUCCGGGACGUGACGGACGAGCAGAUCAAGACGGUGCUCAAGGAGCUCGUCAUGCCUGUUUUCGAGCCGGGCAAGAGCAAUGUCGUUAUUACCUGCGCUCCGAUCCUGCAAGAGAACAUUGAAAAGGCGUUCAAGGAGAUGGGGUACAAGACGGAUGUCCAGCAACUCGCCUACUUCCACGACGACUACGGCCUCAAGGGCGACGAGGACGAGGAGGAGCUCGAGGAAGACGAGGAUGACGAGUCUGACGAUGACGAAGAGGAUGAUAGCGAGGGCGAAUACAGUGAUGAAGAGUCGGAUUGA